ACGAGGAGACCAUAGCGUGGAUGAAACGUCCCCGCUGUGGGGUCCCGGACCAGUUUGGGGCACGGACAAAGUCCAACAUGCGGAGGAAGCGGUACGCGCUGACGGGGCGGCGCUGGAGCCAGAGCCACCUCACCUUCAGCAUCCAAAACUACACGGAGAAGCUGGGUCGAUACAACUCGUACGAGGCUGUCCGACGGGCUUUCCGGGUGUGGGAGCAAGCCACGCCGCUGGUUUUCCGGGAGGUGGCCUACGAGGACAUCCGGCAGAAGCGGAAGAAGGAGGCUGACAUCAUGGUGCUCUUUGCCUCUGGCUUCCAUGGAGACAGCUCCCCCUUUGAUGGCCUCGGGGGAUUUUUGGCUCAUGCCUAUUUCCCCGGCCCUGGCAUGGGGGGGGACACGCAUUUCGACUUGGAUGAGCCUUGGACGCUGGAGAAUGCGGAUGUGUCUGGGAACAACCUUUUCCUGGUGGCUGUGCAUGAGCUGGGGCACUCGUUGGGUUUGGAGCACUCCAGCAACCCCAGUGCUAUCAUGGCCCCCUUCUACCAGUGGAUGGACACAGAGAACUUCCAGCUGCCCGAGGAUGACCUCAAGGGCAUCCAGCAGCUCUACGGUACCGCGGAUGGGCACCCUCAGCCCACCAAGCCUUUGCCCACCGUGACACCCCGGAGACCUGGCAGGCCAGACCAGAGACCUCCUAAACCUCCCCCUCCUGGGAAACCAGAGCGACCCCCCAAACCUGGCAGCCCGGACCGACCUGACCAGUAUGGCCCCGACAUUUGCGACGGGGACUUCGACACGGUGGCGGUGCUACGUGGGGAGAUGUUUGUGUUCAAGGGCCGGUGGUUCUGGAGGGUCCGGCACAACCGGGUGCUGGACAACUACCCCAUGCCCAUCGGACACUUCUGGCGGGGCCUCCCUGGGGACAUCGAUGCUGCCUACGAGAGGCAUGAUGGGAAAUUCGUCUUCUUUAAAGGUGACCGCUACUGGAUCUUCCGAGAAGCCAACCUGGAGCCCGGGUACCCACAGCCCCUGGUCACCUAUGGGCAGGGCAUCCCCUACGACAGCAUCGACACGGCCGUCUGGUGGGAACCCACAGGACACACCUUCUUCUUCCGUGGGGACAGAUACUGGCGCUUUAACGAGGACACGCGCUCGGUGGACCCCGGGUACCCGAAGCCAAUCUCUGUCUGGGUGGGGAUCCCUCCCUCGCCCAAGGGGGCUUUCCUCAGCCCAGAUGCCUCCUCCACCUACUUCUACAGAGGCACAAAGUACUGGAAAUUCGACAAUGAGCGGCUCAAGACAGAGCCAGGUUAUCCCAAAUCCAUCCUACGGGACUUCAUGGGCUGUCACACGGAGCUGGUCCCAGAUCCCAAUCCCCGCUGGCCCGAUGUGGACCGACCCCCCUUCAACCCCGAUGGGGACGGGCGGACUGAAGGUGAGGAGGAGGAGGACGAGGAGGAGGAAGAUGAGGAUUACGAGGAGGAAGAUGGCCAGCCAGGCAGGGAUGUGGACGUGGUGGUGCAGAUCGACGAGUACACGCGCACCAUGAGCGUGGUCAUGGUGCUGGUGCUGCUGGUGCUGCUGCUCUGCAUCCUCGGCCUCAUCUACGUCAUCGUGCAGAUGCAGAGGAAGGGCGCGCCCCGAAUGCUCUUGUACUGCAAGCGAUCCUUGCAGGAGUGGGUCUGACCCUGGCUCCCUCCCCAAACCGCCCCUGCCACCAUGGUGCUAAGAUGGACCUGACACCCCCCUCCCCUUGUCCCCCACCACGGCCUCAGCUCCUCUACCCCAUUGUUGCUUGAUGGCUCCAGCCUCAGAAAAGGGGGGAUGCCCAACCCCCCCCAGCCCCUCCAGGGCAGCCGGGCUGGGACCGGGGAUAGUCAUGGGGGGGCUGGAGGGCAUCCAGGUCCUGCCUGCUCCCCAGUGCCUGCACCUCCCCCCAGCCGUGACCCUCAGGCUGCCACCCAUCACGUGCCUGCCUCUGCCUCGGGGUCCCUGCAGGGUCCCUUCCUUCCAUGUGAGCCCGCUGGGGCUGGGGUGGUGAGCGGGCUGGGGCUGCUCACAAGUGCUGCGAGCUGGCAGGUCUCAGCCGCUGGCACCUGCAGUGGUGGGGAAGGGGGGGGGCUGAGCUCAUGGCUGUGUUUCCUGUUGAACUGCGGGGAUACAGGGAUGUGGUGCCUAAAGACAGUGUGAGCUGGGAUACACUACCUUUGCAACCCCUCUGGGGCUCAGCUUAGCCCGGGCCCUGCUGCUGCCAUGGGGCAAAGCCCUGGGGCAAAGGGCAGUGGGCACGGCCGCCUUGUAUGUCUAUUAAACAGGUCGGGUGUGUGGAGA